GCCUUGCUACACCCACCAUCAUCAUGCCAGCAGACGUAAAAAACAAAGUAUGCUUAAUUGUCCACGACGGGUGGGGCAUCGCGACGGUUCCAGGACUCGAAGGCAAUGCCAUCGAGGCCGGUACGACGACGAAUAUGGAUACCAUCGGCAAGGAACAUAGCCAGAGGAAGCUUGCUGCUCAUGGUAUCGCUGUCGGGCUGAGCGAAGGCCUCAUGGGCAACUCCGAAGUCGGGCACUUGAAUAUCGGAGCUGGCCGCAUCGUAUGGCAGGAUAUCGUGCGAAUCGAUGUUGCGAUCAAGAAACGGGAAUUCCAUAAGAACAAGGUCAUCCUUGAGAGCUUCAACAAGGCAAAGGAGGGCACGGGCAGAUUGCACCUGCUUGGUCUGAUCUCCGACGGAGGCGUUCAUUCACACAUCAAUCAUCUCUUUGCUCUCUUAGAGACGGCAAAGGAGGUCGGCGUGCCCCACACUUAUGUCCAUUUCUUCGGAGAUGGUCGUGACACGGCUCCCCGUUCCGCGGCGGAGUACUGCCAACAGUUGCUCGACUUCAUGAAGAAAGAGGAGUAUGGAGAACUCGCUACCAUUAUAGGCAGAUACUAUGCCAUGGACAGGGACAAGCGGUGGGACCGAAUCAAGAUCGCCAUUGAUGGCUUGGUCGGCGGCGCAGGCGAGACGGCUACCGUGUCGGGCGUAGACAAUAUCAAAGCAAACUAUGAGAAGGACGUGACGGAUGAGUUCUUGAAGCCCAUCAUCGUGAACGGAGACGCUGGCAGGAUCAAGGACGGCGAUUCCUUAUUCUUCUUCAACUACCGGUCUGAUAGGAUGCGAGAAAUUUCGUCUGUGUUUGGAUUACCUGACAAGCCGAUGGAAGUGACUGUUCCGAAGGAUUUGUCUAUCACGACCAUGUCCAGAUACAACAUCGAAUUCCCUUUCCAUGUGGCUUUCCCACCUCAAGGCAUGGCCAAUGUCCUAGCGGAGUGGCUAUCGAAGCAUGGCAUCAAGCAAGCGCACAUUGCAGAGACGGAAAAAUACGCUCACGUCACAUUCUUCUUCAAUGGCGGUGUCGAGAAGCAAUUCGAAAAUGAAGAACGGCAUAUGAUUCCCUCACCCAAAGUAGCCACGUACGAUAAGCUUCCCAAGAUGAGCGUACAUGGCGUGGCCGAAAAAGUCGCGGAAGUUCUCAAGAAGGGUGAACACGAGUUCGUGAUGUGCAACUUUGCGCCUCCUGAUAUGGUGGGCCAUACCGGUGUGUAUGAUGCCGCCGUCGAAGCUAUCGGGCACACCGACGAAGCCGUGGGUAUCGUGUACAAGGCAUGCCAGGAAGCUGGAUAUAUUCUCCUCAUUACCGCGGACCAUGGAAACGCGGAGCAGAUGAAGAACCUCGAAACAGGUGCUCCUCACACCGCGCAUACGACGAACCCUGUACCGUUCAUUAUGACUGGAGACCCGGAGAAGUAUAAAUUUACAGAAGACAAAGAGGGUGAAGAAGAGGGUGCACUGUGUGAUGUCGCUCCGACUGUCUUGGACCUUCUUGGUCUUGAGAAGCCUGAGGAAAUGACAGGUCGCUCGCUUUUGGCUAAGGCUUGAUGGGAUGAUGGAAUAAAAUGGGAGGAUGUAAGUCUAGUUGUUGCUCUUUACAAGUAACCCAUAAUAACAUUUAUUUAUCCAGUAGUGAUGAAAAAAUAAUUGUACAAGCAGAUAUAUUAGAGAGAUACCGAUAUGUACAUUGAAGAUACACUAACGAGGACGAAAUACAGAUUUUACAUUUGUCAAU